AUGCAUAGUCCAAGUGCAAAAUUGAAAGUUAUGUCGGCCCAGGCUGCACCGAUUAAGCCUCCGAAACCUUUGAUUAUAGAAGAAAACAUGGCUGCCAAAUGGAAACAGUGGUGGCGACAGUUUCACUGGUACGCGAUAGCAACGGAACUUCUCAACAAGCCCACACAAAUACAAGCUGCAACUUUCCUCAGUUGUAUUGGUGAAGAUUGCCUUCGCGUGUUUGAAACAUUCGGUCUCUCUGAAGAGCAAGAGAGUGACAUGAAAGUGCUGAAGGAGAAAUUUGACGCAUACUUUAUACCGAAGUCUUGUUUUACUUAUGAGAGAUAUGUAUUCGGAAAAAUAGUACAACAUACCGAUGAGCCGUUCGAUACGUUUCUAACUCGUGUGCGUGAGCAAGCGAAAAAGUGUGCAUACAGUGUAAUGCAUGAUUCGAUGAUAAAGGAUCGAAUAAUUUCGGGAAUAGUUCAUGCAAAAUUAAUUCCACAGUUACUUAACGACGACAUAGGUCUCCAAAAAACGGUGGAUAUUUGCAGAAGUUACGAACAAUCUGUGAAACAAACUCAAGUGAUGCUGGAAAAGUCUCUCGAAGUUGAUGUGGUGGCGAAACGAAAUAGUAAAAUACGAGAUGACCCAAAAGACGAAAAGUUUUCGUGCAAUCGCUGCGGACGAGAGCAUAAACGGAAAGCAUGCCCUGCAUUCAACAGAACAUGCCUGAAAUGCAACCGGAAAGGGCACUUUGCAGAUAGGUGUUUCAGCACAAAUAGUGCCGGAAAUAGUCGACAGGUUAAAGCAGUCGAGUGUGAAGACGACGAGCUUUCCGUUGAAGAUCUGUUUAUUGGAACGGUGAAUGAUGAUGAUGCAGAUUUCAAUGACGUGUGGUAUGAACCUGUGCUGAUGAAAAAUAGACGAGUGUUUUUGAAAUUGGACAGUGGUGCUGCAUGUAACGUGCUUCCGUACAAUAUUUUUUGUACUCUGAAUGAAAAGUUAAGGCCAUCAAAUACAAAGAGACUAGUAUCGUACAGCAAUCACAAAAUUGACGUCAAAGGUGAAAGUGUCAUAUCGUUUAUUGUUCGGGGCAGAGAAGAAAGUGCAGUGUUCAAAAUAGUCGAUGGUGACGUCAUGCCGAUCAUGGGUCGAAAAACCAGUGUUCGUUUAAAGCUGAUUUCUCGAGUGGAUGAAGUGAGUUUCGAAGAGUCAUUAUUCACCGGCCUCGGUUGUGUUAAGGAUUUCGUUUAUGACAUAGAUCUAGUUGAGAAUCCAGUAUUCAGAAGUGAUCCUCCAAGGCGAAUCCCUCACUCGCUUAGAAAAGAUGUAAAAGCUGAACUAGACUCCAUGCAAAAUUUAGGCGUCAUCGAACCCAUCAGCGAGCCGACACCAGUGCUCAAUGCCCUGGUACUCGUACGACAAAAAGAUAAGCUUCGCCUUUGCAUUGAUCCCUCCCAAGUCAACAAAAAUCUACUCCGUCGCACCCACCCUCUCUCGACGAUAGAAGAAAUUUCGGCUCGUGUAUGUGGCUCUCAGAGAUUUACAAUAUUGGAUAUGAAGAAAGGCUUUUGGCAAAUACCGGUUUCAGAACGCACAUCUAAAUAUCUGGCUUUCGGAACUCCUUGGGGAAGGUACACGUGUAAAAGACUUCCCUUUGGAUUAGCUUCAGCCCCGGAAGUGUUUCAAAAGUUAAUAAACACUUUGCUAGAUGGAAUAAAAGGAGUAGAAAGCUCUAUGGAUGACGUUUUAAUACAUGCGAAAACAGAAAAAGAACUCAACAAUAUCACAACGGUAGUUCUCGAUAAAAUUAGAGCGGCUGGCAUAAAACUUAACAAAGACAAGUGUAUACUCAACCAAGAUAUGGUUAAGUUUCUCGGUCACUUGGUUUCAAAAGAAGGCUUGAGAGCUGAUCCAGAAAAACUGGAAACAAUCCAACGGCUAAAACGUCCUAAAACUAAGCUCGAGCUUCAACGUGUGCUCGGUACCGUCACUUACCUGGGGAAGUUCAUAAAAAACUUGUCUUCUAUCACUGAGCCCUUAAGACGGUUAAUCGUAAAGGACAACGAAUGGAUUUGGGAUAACGAGCAAAAACAGGCAUUUGAAGAAAUAAAGAAGUUAAUGCAGUCACCUCCAGUUCUUGCCUUCUACGAUGUGAACGCUGAAGUCACACUAUCGGUUGAUUCCCCGUUAAGCACGAACAUUUCCCCUACCGGCGGAAAUAAACGAAGUGUACGCGUCGUUGUAGCGGAAAACAGCGUUGUCAUGACAACCCGAGGCUUCGAUCGGAAAAAGGACUCCCGGUUAUAG